GUGCACGGGUGCUGAUCAAGGACUGAAUAUAGGUCUUUGUAUUGGAUAGGCAGAUGUGACCACGGAAGUGUCUGGCUUGUAAUUAUUUGUGUGUUUGACUGAGAACUCAGAGGUGAAAAUCUUCAUAAUAAUUCUUAGCCAACACAGCCAAGAGCUUCGACUGGUUUGGACUUUUAUGUCAACGGAAUGGUUUACCAUGUUCCAUUAUUGGGGAUUCCUUGUUGCUGGUGAUGGGUGAGCGUGAAAAAAUACAGCUUCACUUGCACCUCAUAGGCUCCUCUUUAGCCCACUGUGCUGAAGACCAGAGGUUCUGCCUGAUCAGGAGUCUCUGUUAGCAGUUCAAGUUGGCUGGAGAAUGGAAGGGGUUGAGUUUAAGGAAGAGUGGCAAGAUGAAGAUUUUCCAAGGCCCCUGCCAGAGGAUGAUCCUGUUGAGUCUGAUGCAUUGGCUGCAGCUGGAACAGAAAGUGAAGCCAAUACAGAGGGUAAUGGAACCAAAUUGAGGAAGAAACUAAUGGCUCCAGAUAUUAGCUUAACUUUGGAUCCCAGUGAGGACUCUGUUUUGUCUGAUGACUUGGAUGAGAGUGGAGAGAUUGAUUUGGAUGAUUUAGAUAUUCCUUCAGAAAAUAGCAAUGAAUUUGAAUGGGAAGAUGAUCUUCCAAAACCAAAAACUACUGAUGUUGUUAGGAAAGGAUCACUGGCUGAGUACGCUGCGGCAGAGGAGAAGGAUGACGGUCGGCGCUGGCGAAUGUUCAGGAUUGGAGAACAGGACCACAGGGUGGACAUGAAGGCAAUUGAACCGUACAAAAAAGUUAUCAGUCACGGUGGUUAUUAUGGUGAUGGGUUAAACGCCAUUGUUGUGUUUGCUGUUUGUUUCAUGCCUGAGAGCAGCCAGCCUAACUACAGAUACCUAAUGGACAAUCUAUUUAAGUAUGUAAUUGGCACUUUAGAGCUGUUAGUAGCAGAGAACUAUAUGAUAGUUUACCUGAAUGGUGCAACAACACGGAGAAAAAUGCCAAGUUUAGGCUGGCUUAGGAAAUGUUACCAGCAAAUUGACAGAAGGUUAAGGAAAAAUCUGAAAUCGUUGAUCAUAGUUCAUCCUUCCUGGUUCAUCAGAACACUCCUGGCUAUCACAAAACCUUUUAUUAGUUCAAAAUUCAGCCAAAAAAUUAGGUAUGUCUUUACCCUGGCAGAACUAGCUGAACUCAUCCCCAUGGAAUACGUUGGCAUCCCAGAAUGCAUAAAACAGUAUGAAGAAGAAAAGUUUAGAAAGAAACAGAAAAGAGUUGACCAAGAGCUGAAUGGAAAACAAGAGCAGAAAAGUGAACAGUAAGUUUGGAGUCCAAACAAGACUGAAGAAUACGCAGAUGGAACGAUGCCGUUUGUGCUCCAUUACAGUGCAUUCUCUGUGUGUAUGUAUUAUAUAAUCUGUUGCAAAAGGUGCUUUGGACUAGCACACAAUGAACUGCUUACUGCUGUAUUGGUUUGUCUUGACUUUAAUUGCUGUUUAUGUAAUCGUUUUAUACUGCUAAAUGGCAAAGAACCCUAUGUUUUCAGAGGAUGUUCUUGCAACUGUUUAUCUAAAUGAUGCAUGUUCUUCAGUAAAAUAUUUAUAUACCUAAAUGUUAAAGGAAAGAGAUAAUAUAUAUAUUUUUAUGACUGAGCAAUAUAUUGUGUGUACCUGCUGAAGGAAUUCAUUUGCAGGUAGACAAGGCCAUAAGUUACUUGUUAUUGUAUAAAUCUGUUUUGCUGUAAAUGGUCAAGUGCAUUUCUUUGUUGUCAUAAAAACUUGUUUGGAUAUUAACAAUCACAUUAACUUGGCUUUCACAAAUACAGAGAUCCAUAUUUUUGUUCACUCACCUUAUACGAGCUCACUCCUUUACCUCACUAGAGUGAGCUUCAGCUUUGGUGUCUUUCCGUUCUGCAUCGUUUAGGGUGCAGGACUGCAGUUCUGUGGGUGGCAGUUUGUUGGCCACGAGGUUUAAGCCUAAGCCACAAAAGCUGAACUGUCUGACUGGUAAGAUACCAGACCUUUUUCUGUUGAAGUUGUGAAUUUAGAUUCUGCUUCAGUAUGUCAAGACUGUCUCAGCUAGCAGUAGGAAAUGAGUUCAUUGCAGUUCUUCAUGGAUGAAUCUUGAUUGUUACUGGUAGGAACUCUGGUCACGCUCAGUAGAACUAGGGAGCUACACAGGUAUUCUGGCCACAAUACCAUUUUUGGGGCAGAAAUAUGGUAAGUCUUACCAUUUUUUAGUCUUAUGCUACCUGUGUCAUUCUUGUAGAUGAAACAUCUAUUUCUAAAGCUGUUAGGCACAUGAUCCCAGCACUAAUUUAUCUUUUAAGAAGUGUUUUAAAGGUUGAGGUGUUUUCACUCCCUGCAGUGGUGGUAAAUCUGUGUCUGUAAGGGGUUUUCUUGGACACGUAACUGGUGUGUAUAGGUUUACUGGGACAACAGUAAUACACUGGUUGAUACAUUGUAAAAGUUUGUAACAUAUUUUGAUAAACAUUGCAUUUUCCAUGUAAGGGCAGGUGUAUGCAAAUAAAUUCAUUCAGGAGUUGAGCAAUAUGUUGUAGCAAGUAUAUUAAAUCUUUGCUUUUGGUGUUUAUUGUGCUCACAAUUUUGUUUUAAUGCCAAAAAAUACCACUUUUUAACUGUAUUUAAUGCUACGCAGUUACCUUAUUUAAAAAAAAAAAAGUUAUGUUCAACCAGAUUACUACCUGACACUGAUAAUCAGCAGCGUGAGAUAUUCUCUGGUCAAGACUUGCCAAGUAACAAUUGAUCCGCUGUCUCCAGUGAUGCCUGUAUAGACUCUGAGUGAGUAUGGAUGUCAGGUGAGGGAAAACCGUUCAUGUCUCUGGGAGUUUAUUUAAGUCUGCGGUUCAGAUACUUUUCAUCUCAAGAUCUAAGUCCUUUUGUUGCAGUAGUUUCUGUAUCAGAGUUUCAAGGAGAUUGAUAGGCAGGAUGUAUUCACACAACAGGCAAUACCAAUGCCAAGCUGCCUUCCAUCAAUUCCAUCAGGCUUGGAUCUUGCUCUGAAAGCAGAAUGCAAAUGCACUUUUUUUGGGGCUGUCUUAUCUCCUGCUUCAAUUUUCACCUUGACUCAGAUUAAUGUAAAGUUCAAGUCAGUACAUGGAGCUCUUGCAGCCUGUUUACUUCUGAUACUUUGACAGUGUGGUCUGCAUCACGCAAAUCUUAUUUUUACUGGGUUUGCAUGUGUCCUAAGCUAAACAGAAAGCAUUCUGAUUAUCUCCUUUCCAUUUUUUCCUAACUGGUAAAAGGAUUAGUCCCAGUAAAAUUAUAUUCUUAAUGGAGGGAUUGUAGCUGUCCGUGUCCUGUGGGUUCCCGUGUGUAUAGUGCAGUACAGAGCAGCCGUCCCUCUGUUUAUGCCACAUUUACCAAAUGAUGGGAUUGUUACUGUGCUUCCUGGUGGCCAAGCAUUCUACAGUUUCAUGCCGCAGCAGUAUGAUUUCUUUUGGAAAUGUGUAUGUGCUUGUAAAUGGUUUCUUUCUCUAGUAUAAGUUGUUUUGAAUGAGUAUACAGUACAACAGUUGUUCUCUCUAUAAAGAUAUGCAGCUUGAGAAAGAAGUGUACUAAAGAAUUAUUCCCCUCUGACUUCCUGCAGCUCAUCCUUUAGUGGUGAGGUGGAUGUUUACAAAAAGCAAAGUGGUCCCAAAGCUAUGGAUAAUGUUUUGUCAAACUUAACUUUUUUGAAAUUUAUAAUAUAAUGUAAUAUAUUUUAAUAUUUAAAAACCUGAAAAGUUGGAAUGUCUUACUUAAAUAAAACUUAUUUCAAGAAAUAAUUUGAAUCACUUUGUGAUAAGAUAGAGUAUUGUAGGGAAUUCACCUUUCAAUGGCACUUCCUUCUAAAAGUAAGUAAUUUUGCUAAAUUUGGUGAGCCCUGUCAAAAAAAAUGCAUGUGUCACUGAUUUACCUCUGAUUUGGAGGUCUCAUUAGUUCAUAUAUAUUUGUAUAUGUAGUAAUAAGUCAUUACCUAUCUCAUUAUUGCUCUCCACAACUGAAAUAGAGAUGUUUGGGCCAGUGGCCACUCAGUGUGACAUUUCCUAAUGAUUUCUGCAACAGCGUAAAUUCAGAAGUGGCAAAGAGAUUCUGGACAAAGUGUCAUUAAAAACUGAUGUGAGAAGA